GGAAGUUUCACUUGAUUCGCACACCCUGCAUAAAAGCAGGCGGCUUCGCUGAGAGCAAACAUCUCCUUCCACCCCAGCCGAGCGAGGCGGACCAGGUCUGGAGCUGCCUGCAGCAGUGGGCAGGACCGCGGGGACAGGCAGGGCUGCCCGCCCGGGUCCGGGAGUCACCCGCAGCGAUAGGCACCGUGCCAGCCGUGCUCCAAGCCUGGCUCACCCAGCAGACCGGCUGCGGUGCUGCCAGGGACCGGGUGGCCUGCCUGCAUCUCUGCCCAUUUACAUGGGCGGACACAGAGGUGGGGCAGAGCUCCUUUUCUCUCUUCACAUAAUCCGACGGUGCGGGAGAGUGAGCACUCGGGGUAGUGAGUAACGGGACCGGCUUCAGCCGUCGCCGGGACGAUGGGGCGGAAGCUGGACCUCUCCAAGCUAACGGAUGAAGAAGCCAAGCACGUUUGGGAAGUGGUUCAGCGAGACUUUGAUCUGCGGAAAAAAGAGGAGGAACGGCUGGAGGAGCUAAAACGCAAGAUCAACCAGGAGAGUAGCAAGAGAGAGUUCCUGACAAAUCAGUCCCACCUCAACGAAACCCACUGUGUCCACUGCCUCCAGCCCUUCAAGUUCCUGCUCAACAGCAAGCGGCAGUGCCAGGACUGCCACUUUUACACCUGCAAGAACUGCAGUCGCUACAACAAGAAGGAGCAAGGCUGGGUCUGUGAUCCCUGCCGCCUCUCCAGGAUCGUGAAGAUCGGCUCCCUGGAGUGGUACUAUGAACAUGUGAGAUCCCGUUUCAAGAGGUUUGGAAGUGCCAAAGUGCUGCAGUCCCUCUAUGGCAGGCUGCAGCCGGGGCAUGGCAACAACUCUGCAUUUCUAGGUCUUCAGGACAGAGUUUACAGCCUGCCAGACAUUAACAGUGAGUGCCAGCUCCUCACCAGUGGUGAUGUUGGGGACGGCAGUAAUGAUGAAGACAAUGUCCUUCGUGGAGCUGAAGCAGAUUGCUACAGCAGAAUGUGCAAGACAAAGCGCCUGCUGUCUGUGCAUCCCUUUGAUUUUGAAGUGGACUCGGAGUAUUCUGCUCAGUCUCGUCGCCAGUCUGCACAGCUCUCUCCAGCAGCCAGCAGCCCGGAUGCUUUCCAGUCUUUCCCAGAUUUCCCCAACCCAGCUGAAGAUGCCUCCCAGGAGUCCAGAAUCACAGAUGCGGAUCUGGUCUUCCACCACAUCUUGCAGGAGCAGGGACUAGGCAGGAUCCCUCCAGAGCAACACUUCAGCACAGAGGUUCGGCUCACCGUCAACUCCCGGAGAAGGAGCCUGGAAAGAAAUGCCAGACCUGGCAGCCCCUGGAGCGAGCAGCUCCGGUCCCGGUACUCUGCAGAUAUGGACACCUCUGAUGAGGACAUGAAGGAAGCCCAGUUCCCAGCCUACCCCCCUCAUCACAUGAAGCGACGUAACAGAGCAUCUUCCCAGGAGAAUGCCAGCCACUCUGGGAGCCAGAUCCAUGAGCUCAACAAACGCAUGUCUGCAAUCGAACGUGUGCUGAACCGCUUGGAGGAAAAGAUCCUGGUGAGCUCUGAGGAGUCUCCAGCCCCAGACUCCCAGCUUGAUCCUGAUGCAGAGGAGGAGGAGUUGAAGAGGAAGCUGGAGGAGUUAGCCAGUAAUAUCAGUGACAAGGAAGUCUCUACUGAAGAAGAGGAUCGUGAAGAAAAGAAGAGAGCAAAGAAACCAGAGAUGAGUCCCUCCUGUGAUGACAUGACCAGAGAUGCUCGAAAGAGGUCAUCAGCUCAGGCUUUGGGCGAAAUCACGGUCAAAGUGCUGAGAACCAUAAACGCCACGGAGCAAGCGGUGUGUGAGUUGUUGCAUGGAGAGAGGCAGUGCAACGGUGGCUGUGUCCUCCCCGCAGGGCAUCCUCCCAGCCUGGGUGAUGGGAAGGAGGUGGCCGAAGCAUACCGUGAGCUUGAAGAAAAUGUGUAUCUGACUGCUGGGAAGACCUUCCGGCUUGAGAGCACCCUGAAAGAGCUCGAAGAAGGGGCUCAGCACAGUGGUACGACUGACUCGGAGCUGUCAGAGCUGGAGGAUAAAGUGGCCUCAGCAGCUGCUCAGGUGCAACAGGCAGAGAAUGAGGUUUCAGACAUUGAAUCUCGGAUCGCGGCUCUGUCAGCUGCGGGGCUCACAGUGAAGUCAGUGGAGAAGGCAAGGAAGAAGUCGAAUGGGCAGGCUGCCUGCCUCCACUCUUCUGGUGCCACCAGCAGCAGUCCCGGGGAGUCUUCGGAUGACAUUAAAGCAAUGCCUGGACUGCAGGGGUUCAGGAGGAAGUUCAACAGUCCCCUAGACCUUCCUGGUCUUGAUGACUCCUUUGACCGCAACUCUGUUUACCGCGGCUCCCUGACGCAGAGAAACCCCAACGGGAAGAACAGGAGAGUGGAGAGGCUCUUUGCGAAGCCUGUGAUGACCCACCUGUCCUGAGGAGAGGGGGACCCUCCUGCCACUGCAUUUCACUGAUGCAAGACCUCAGCACAAAGCCUCACUUCCUUCCCCACAACACUUGUUCUUCCUUCUCCCAUCUUCAUCUCUCCCUGAAGCCCUGGACAGGAGGGGAGCCAGAGGUUGUGGGCAGGAAGUCUUGCUGGUAGCUGCCAGGGAGAGGAGCAAGGCACUGGGGUACAGACCCAUGGCUGGGGGCUCUCAUGGGAGGAUGCAGGCAUGAGACCUUUGCUUAAGGCUGCUUUUUGGUGUCAGGUUAACCAAGGGGACCAGAGAGGUGCAGAGGAGUGAACUCCUCAGAGGGACCUGGAUGCCAGUGUGGCUUCCCAGCAUGGGGACCAGGGGCAAUGACACCUUGUCAAAAGCUGUCAGUGCAUGUCCCUGCUCUUCAGCUCCUGGUGCUGAGUGGGGACAGGAGCUGACAGUGCAGGAUGUUCUUGGGUACCUCAGGUAGAGCAGAGACCCAGGCAUCCUGGGCUGGAUUUUGCAUCCCAGUGCUGGUCCCAGCUCCCUGCAAAGUCCCUUGGAGCAUCUCCUCCCUUCCCUGAGCAGCAAAGCAGGGUGGGAGCAAUGCUGGCUCCCUCCCAGUGAGCCCUUGGCCAGCAGAUCUUUGCACAAAGCCAUGCAAACACCCACUGAGGCUUCACACCACCAUGCUUGAAGCAGCCAUGACCAUGUGAGGAUGUGAGUGGGACAAGGCUUGUGGGAAGUGGUGGCAAGAAAGGUGGAAGAGAGGCUGGAGGCCUUCCCCUGGUUGGGGUUCAGUUGUUUUUACAGUGCUCAAAGAUAUCCUCUGUCCAGGUAAGGCUGUAUUGGCAGGUUUAGAAGGACUCCAGAAGGAUUGUGUAGGUGCUCCCCUGCAGGCUUUCCCCACCCUGCAGAGGGAUUGGCCCAUACCAAGAGGCACUUUGGAUGUCCCCUGUCCUGAUGAUGGAACUGUUAGAACCUGACAGGACCAUCCAAUCCUUUGGAGGAGCUGUGAUGGCCUUUGGGUGGUGCAGUGGCCCUGGGCUCCUAGCAGGUGACAGUGGGUUUGGUAGCGCCCUCCCUUAGACACCACAAUUGCUUGUUCUCCUCAGCAUUUAAUUCUGCACAUCCUGGUGGAUCGGUGCCUGGCCCCAUACCUGUGCCAGCGGGAUGGGGAGGGGGCUGCUUUCUUUUGCAGGUCACUUGAAGGAGGUUCUUGUUAAAAGGCUUUGCUCAGUACCUGCUGGUCCCUGUUUAUAGCCCCCACCUCCCUCCCUCCCCUCUGAAGCAGGCGAUGCUGGAAGGAUCACUUGCAGCCAGAGCAGGUAUGUCAGAGCAGUGCUGGCAGUUCCCCAUCAAUGGCUAAGCAGGCUGGACUGUUUUAGGCUGUUCCUGUGCAUAUGAACUAAACCCACUUGAAUUAUGAGCAGUAGUGUGAAUUUUCAUGCAAAUAACACUUCUGUUUAGCUUUCACAGUAGCAGGGACUCCUAACUGCCUAGAAAUAGUCCUGUGGUCAUCCGAGAGCAGUCUUGUUAGUCCAUAGACUGGGAUUCCCAGCUGGAAACAAAACCAGUUGCUUAUUUUUAAGUGAAAUCAUUCAAAUGGGUCAGUGCAAACUACUGCCACUGUAGAAACUCUCCCAGGCUCUGUGGCAUUACUGGGUGCCCCUCUUGCUGCCCAGCCAGCCUCAGUGCCAGGAUGCAGCUUCUUGACUAGCAUCCUAGAAGAGAGCUCCAUGAAGAUCUCUGCAAUGCUAUGGGUUUGCACCCACCCUGCUGCUGUCAGGGUUCAGCCUUUGCCUCAUCCGCAUCUCGUGGUGUAUCUGUUUUCAUCCAUAACUUGUCUUUCCACACAACUCUCAGAUGCUUAACCCUGAGAAGACCUUGCAGUGAGCAUCAGCAGGGCAAGCUAAGGCAUCUUUCAGGCUUUGGUCACCCAUGUUGUUAUUUGCUGGUUUCCUGCCCCAUCUGCCUGUGUAGAUUAUAUGUAUGUAUGCAAAAUCAUGCAAUAAAGCCAGUUUUGUUCCCAGAA